GAAACCAUCUGUCACAUUACAAAUCCUGGAGUUAAUGUCACUGGAUUCACCUGUUUGGAAAAGAGACCACUAUUUGGCUGAACACUGAGUCACUUAUCUCUAGAUAUCAAGAGAAUAUAAGAGAUACUCGUACAGAAAAAAUGGACACUCAACUGAAAAUAAAUACAAGAGUAAAUGAUUGUAUGAGGAAUUUCAAAGCAAUAAAAGAAAAGAACAAAGAAGAAAAUAAAUGUUUUUCUAGUUCUGUGAGUUGUGAUGAGCAGUUAUCAUUGAAUGAACAAAAGGACAAAACCAUGUCUGAAAAAUGUUAUGAUAAAGCCAUGGUCACCUUCCAGCCAAAUAAAGUUCUACAGACUUGGAAAUUUUAUAGGUUAUUUAGAGGUAAAGAACUUGUAAUGAAGUAUCUAAGGGGAGAAAACCCAUUUAAUUUCUGGUUGAAGUAUCCUUCAGUUAACAAAGAACUGGAAGCAUUUUUGAAUGACUUUCAAAGUAAGCAGAUUGAAAACAAAUUUUGGACUAUAGAUAAAAUUCCUGAAGAAGGUGAGCUUUUCAUUGGAAAACUCAAUGGAAGUUUUCGAGGCCAAGUUCUAAGAUUUCAAGAUUCUAAAAUCACUGCCCUUGAUAUUGAUAAGGGAAUAGUAAAGGUUGUGAAACGAAACAACAUAUGGAAUAGCGACACUGGUUUUAAUAUUCCCCCUCAAGCUAUACAAUGUAAACUGUACAAACUCCGAAACAUGAAAAAUUGGCCGAAAUUCAUGAAUAAUUUAUUCAAAAAGUGGGCCAAGAAAUGCAUUCUUCUUGUCACGAUCAUUGAUAUAAUUCCUGGAAUUAUACCUGUCUUUUUAGUUGAUAUAAAUGCCCGUGAUAACAACACAAUGGAAAUUAACAUAUCCUCAUGGAUCAACACAAAUGUUGCUCCUAUCAUGAAAAAAAAUAAUCACCUUAAAAGUGAUCAUGAAAAGAAAGAAAACUUUUUGAAAAACUCAGAUCCAUGCUAUAGUCAGAAUACCAAUAGUGUUGAAAGUUGUGAACCUCAAGAAUGUCAAAUUCAGGCUAAAAGAGCUACAACUGAAGUGUCAGAAUCACAAGGAAUCAAUGCAAAAAUGUGUUUAUGUUCUGAAAUGAUUGCCAAUAUGACAUAUAAUAUAACACCAAAUAGUACCCAGAAGACUGCUAAAGUACAAUGUUGUUUAAAUCAGGGUCUUUGUGCUAAAAUGUACUUCAUAAGUGGAAUUCAUCCAUGGAAUUUCUACCUCAGCCAUGUAAGCAGGAAAGAAAUGGAAGAUAUGAGGGUUACACUAGCUAUGAAUUUUCCAAACUUGAGAUUGUUUCCUAGAAAACCAGAUGUGGGUACAUUUGCCAUUGGCAAGGUGAAGAAUGAUUUCUGCCGUGUGGAAAUUAUAGGCUUUAAAACACUGUCUGGGAGAGAAUAUGCUAUAGCACGAAAUAUUGAUAAUGGAGACAUGAAUUUUUUUCUUCCUGACAAUUUAUAUAUGAUGAAUGAUAAUUUAUCGUUCAUCCCAGCAAUGGCAGUAAAAUGUCAUUUAUGGAACAUUACUAAGUGGCCAUUUCAUUGGGAUGCCAGAAUUGCCAAUUUGUUUUUAAAUAUAAUGACAAAAGAUUCUUUGAUUGUCAGUGUAAUGAAGAUUGAAUAUAUUGCAGGGGAAUGGAACCACACAGUUCAAAUUAAAGCCCUGUCAAAGUUAGUAUUUGAUAUGUCAGCAUGGAUAAUGCUUUAUGUACAGCCAUGUAUGACCAGAAUUCUAGGUCUGUCUGAAGAAGAGCAGGUUGAGGAAAUUUCAAAAUUAGACCCUAGCAACAUAUUCCAGGAAUCAUCAGCAAUUAAAGAAAAGUUUGCUCUUUUAUGGAAUUCGUAUGAUCACAAA